CUAAUUCUGAGGAGGAUGUGGAAGAGCAUCCACAGGAGCACAGCUUCUUAACAAAGAUGCCUCCAAAUGGGAAGGCCUUACAUUUUCACCCGACAGUCCUGCAUUUUGGAAUGCAGUUUCUGGGGCUACCCAGAGUUAAAAUGCUGCAUGCCUACAACCCUAGUAGAGAUAGAGAAGUUGUAGUGAAUUCAGUGUUUACAGCUACUAGACAGUUUCAUGUGUCUCCUGUUCAUAGCAGGGCCAUUCCAGCGAUGGGAAGAGUUUCUUUCAGAGUGCUCUUUUUGCCAACAGAAGAAGGCAAUAUUGAAAGUUCAGUAUUUAUAAAUACCUCAUCUCAUGGAGUACUUUCAUAUCAGGUUUUUGGAGCGGGAACUUUGAAGUCUUCUCCAGAAGAGUCCAGAGCGCAGCUAGCAAAUGCUUAUUUACUGCUUCCACAAAUUCAAAACAUCCAGGCUUCACAAACACUGGCAGAAACGAUGUAUGCCAAUUUGUUACGCGUUCAUCUUGAAUGCAGUCUGCAUUCCUAUCAGCAGGUUAAGCUGUUGGUUCAAGUACUUAGGAUUUCUGUGAUGCUCCACACAUGCAUCAGUCUGUUUAUGGCACAUUUUAUUGAAGGCAGAGGAUUUAACAAAGGAAACUGUUUUGCAGUCCCUGAGAGCUGCUGUUUUAUGCCUGAUGAUCCAAUGCUGCUAGAAAUGAGCUUAAUGGUAAGAAUGGAAAAUGCCCAACAAGAUUUUGUGGAGCACAGACAAUACUUAUUGGAGAAUCUUUUUGUAGUUUAUGUAGCAGUGGAAAAAACGAAGACCUCAGGUGAUUCCUCAGUAAAUGUGUACGUGUUGAAUUCCGGGAACAGCCUUGUGCACAUACAGGAUAUACGACAGCUGUCACAAAAGAAGACAUCGUCUGUGGAGUUUGAGCCAGUACUGCUAUCUUCUUCAGCUACAAACUUUACAAAAGUUGCUUCCAUUUUUUGUAGAGCUGCAUCAUGUGACAAUGAAAACUCUUAUGCAGAAGACAAGAAGAGCAGCCUGUUGGAAGGCACUGCAACACUAAAAGCCUGUCUUUCCUGUCCUGUGAUGGAAGGAUAUUUUGACAUAGAUCCUUCUGCAGUGUUGUUUCAUAUAGAACCACAUCAUAAUACUUCAGGUUUGUGGACCAUAUGGUUUACAAAUAACUUUGACUUCAGCAUUGAGCUUACCGAAGUCUUCAUAGCUAGAGAGAUGAAGAACAUUUUAAAGGUUCUGAACUUUGCUGAACCUUUGACUCUACCUCCAGGCUGCUGGAAUGUAUUUUCUUUAAAACUCAAUGUGAAAGACACUCUAACAAAUGUCGUUUCUAGUAUUUGUUUGACCACAAAUGUAGGAAUGAUGUUUGAAAUACCUCUGCAGAUUUAUGCGGCAGUGUCCAAGCAGGGAGAUCUUCAUUUUGAAGCCAUAGCCCAUUGUGAUAUUCAAUGUUACUUAGGAAAGUCUGAUUCAGCAAAUCUGCUUUGGCAGAAGAGUCUCUCCCUGGACCAGUCUACGUGGGAUGUGGAUUCUGAGCUUGCCAGUGAACUUUUUGAAAGGUGGCAAAAAAUAAGACGUGGAGAAGCCUGCAGGAGAAACGCUCUGGGAUCAGCUCGCUUCAUUCACCAGAAGAAGCUCGAAGAGGAGUCGUUUGCCUUUUUCUUGCCACGGUUGACUACAGAGCCUGGCCUUACAGUGAACUUCAGUGCCACAGCAGUUAGAAGCAGUGUGGUAAAAUAUUUUGUACUACGAAACCCUUCAUCCUUCCCAGUUACACUGCAGCUUCUGCCUCUUUCUUACUACCCCGAUCCUCAAGCUUCAGUGAAUCUGCUCAGCAAAUGGUUUGGCAUAAAUGUGAAAACUAUUAAUUUCACAACCACUGAAUUCAGGCUCAUGGAUGAGUGUUUUCACAGGAAAACACAUCAGGAGGAUCUCAUUAACAAGAAAUGCAGUGCUGAGCUGCUUCACUUACAUUUGCAACCUUUGGAAACCAGGAGAGUCGGUGUAGUUUUUACACCAGCUGACUACAGAAGAGUAGCUUCCCUUAUUUUAAUCAGAAACAACUUGACUGUCCUGGAUGUGGUCAGCGUAGAAGGCUUUGGAGCCAAAGAGCUGCUUAAAGUAGGGGGCCGACUGCCAGGUGCAGGAGGAUCACUUAGGUUCAAGGUGCCAGAAGCUACGCUAAUGGACUGCAGACGACAACUAAAAGACAGCAAGCAAAUUUUAUCCAUUACGAAGAACUUCAAAGUAGAGAAUAUUGGGCCUCUUCCUAUAACAAUUACAUCUAUGAAAAUCAAUGGUUAUAGUUGCCAAGGAUAUGGGUUUGAAGUGUUAGACUGUCAGGAAUUUUUCCUGGCUCAGAACUCAUCACGAGAGAUCAGUAUUGUAUUUACACCUGACUUUACCUCUUCCUGGGUAAUCCGGGAGCUUACGCUGGUGACGGCUGCUGACCUGGAGUUCCACUUCACGCUGAACGUGACUCUUCCUCACCACCUGCUGCCGCUGUGCGCAGAUGUGGUGCCCGGGCCCAGCUGGGAGGAAUCCUUCUGGAGGCUCACCGUCCUCUUUGUCAGCUUGUCCUUGUUGGGUGUGGUGUUGAUAGCCUUCCAGCAAGCCCAGUACAUCCUAGCAGAAUUCGUGAAAUCAAGACAGAGGCCAAAUCCCAGUUCUCCACCACAGCAGAACAACAGCUCCGUUGACAUAAUCAGCUCUGAUUCUUACAAGGGAAGCUGCAAGACAUUCAUGGAUUCCUACAGCUCAUCUGAUAAAGGCAAAGGAAAGGGCUUCCUGUCUGUAGGUGCUUCUUCGAGCCGAAGUCAGAACGCAGCAAAGAGGAGUCCUGCGACCUACAGCCACUCUCAGAAAAAACACAAAUGUUCAGUUUACUACAGUAAGCAAAAGCCAAACACAGCAGCUGGCCAUGCCAUUGCAACUACUGAUGAAAAGCAAAACCAGAUGGCAGAGAACCAAAUCUCAGCACCAAAAGAGGACAUUUGCACUGAUGUUGUCAGUGAGAACUGGGUAACGCUAAAAUAUGCAGAUGGCAUAAACGUUAACAAGAAUUUAACUCUACCAGAAAACUUUCUGGGCAAAGAAGAAAGUGCACUGAAAAAUACAGUUCUCAUUAAAAAUACUUCUUCAGAGUGUGAUCUGAAGGAAGAUCUUCAAACAUGUAUGUUUCCUAAGGAAACUAACCUUAAAACUUCAGAGAAUCUAGCUGAGCUCAAAGAACAGGAGUUCUGUCCUGUGAAGAUGUCUAAGAAGCUACCUGAAAGUCACUCGUCAAGAAAUUCACCUCAGCAACAGCCGGAACUGCAAGAACUUUCCAGGAAAAAUAGUGGGAAUAACCAGCAAGUGCCUCUCGGGAAUGAAACAGAAAACUGUGAGACUUUAAAAAAGCAGAUCAACCUAAAGCCUUCCACUGAGAAAAAGAUUAAUAAAGGACCUAAAGAAGAGACCCCGUGCUGCACAAAAGAGGAGAUUGCUUCCUCUGAGCAGGAAGAUGUCUAUAGGAAGAAGAAACCUCAGGAGAAGAAAGAAGGAAAUGCAUCAAAUAUAAAUUGGAAUAGAAACAGAACAUCUAGAAAAAAUAAGAAAAAGAAUGUUAAUAUUUCUACAAGGGUUCCUGAGCAGAGCAAGCUGAAGCAUCUGUGCAGUGAGUUUGAAAGGCCAGAGCUGAGAGCCAACAUGGGAAUCAGAGCGUGGUGCCCUCAGGGCAACGGGGAGAACUGCAAAGCAGACCAGAAAAAUGGGAGCUUGUCCAUACAGGGAGAAACAGAGAGCUUUUAUCAACGAUCCAAAAAGAAGUGUUUGGAGAAGUUUUGUUCCGACUCGAGCUCAGACUGCGGCAGUUCGUCCGGGAGUGUUCGUGCCAGCCGCGGGAGCUGGGGCAGCUGGAGCAGCACCAGCAGUUCCGACGGAGACAAAAAGCCGAUGAUCGCUGCCCGGCAUUUCCUUCCAUCUCGAGAGAAUAUUUCACAAAAUGAUUUUCCAUCUGAAACUCCUAUCACUUUAAAUCUGUCUCAUAACAUCUGCAAUACCAGAGACUUGAACACCAUCCCCCAAUAUCCAGAAACUUUAUGUCCUAAUUUUACUGACAUGGCUGCAGAUCCUGACAAAAAUAAAGGUCUUUACCCAGCAGGAGACUUGUGGCCUGCUCAACCAGUCUGCCUGACAAACAGCUUAAACUACAACCUGGAGAACAAUAUACCGUGCAUGAUCCAAGAAACGCCCUCUGUCCACAACAGCUUCAUUGACUGGAAUGCAGCCUGCGACAGCCAGUUUUCCAACAUGUAUUGUCCAUUAGAGAUGAAUGAAUAUGGUGCUUUCCCAGAAGAAAACAUGAACUACGCCGGUGGCUUCCCGGCUCCCGCAGCGGUGCAGAACACGGCCUUCCUCGACCAGGCCUGCCCGUCGGCCUGGGCCGCGCUUGCUCUGCAGCCCUACCUCUCCAGUACCCGAAGCUUAUCUCCCAUGUCUGGACUUUUUGGUUCCAUCUGGGCACCUCAGAGCGAUGUCUAUGAAAACUGCUGCCCUGUCAGUGCCACGACCCAGCAUUCGACCCAUGUGGAGAACCAGGCGGUGAUGUGUAAGCAGGAAUACUACCCGCGGUUUAACCCCUUCCGUGCCUACAUGAACUUGGACAUAUGGACUACGGCAGCCAACCGGAAUGCCAAUUUCCCACUUUCGAGGGACUCGGGUUACUGUGGAAAUGUGUGAAAGGAAUUUGAUUUAAAAAUGUGAAUGAAGAUGCUUGCAGUUUUGAUUACUAGAGUAAGCUGGUUGUUGAAAUAGAUUACAAUGUUGGUGGAUAUUUUGGCACUUUUAUAUUGAAAAUAAAUUUUUUUUUUUUACUGA